CAACCCUUUUUGAAUUGAUCCAAUACAAAGCCGAAAUUGACUUAUUCAACAUAGAUAAUUAUAAAACCUUAUGAAUCAAAAGUUUCAAUUUUCAAGGAUUAGAUUAAAAUGAUGGCAAUGGGUUCUUCAAGACUUCUUUUCUUUUUAGCUCUUAACCUUGUUCUUAGUGUCAGCAGCGCCCAGAACUCUCUGUUAUUUCCAAGUUGUUCAGACGAUCGAGGUAACUUUACCGCUAACAGCAGCUACGAGGCAAACCUCAACAACCUCCUAUCUUCUUUCUCCUCUAUAUCAGCAAAUGAUUACGGCUUCUACAAUAUGUCCGUCGGCCAAAACACCGACAGAGUUAACGCGGUUGCCCUUUGUAGAGGAGAUAUUAACCCAGAUGUUUGCCUUGGUUGCAUCAAUAAUGCUACCACUGAGCUAACAAAUCGGUGUCCCAACAGGAUGGAAGCAGCUAUUUGGUAUGACUAUUGUGUGUUGCGCUACUCAAAUCGCUCCAUCUUGGGUGUCAUGGAAGCUAGUGUUUUUUCCUAUUUGUCGAACUCUAUGACUGUAACGAAUCCGGUCAGUUUUAAUGCAUCGCUGAGUAAUUUGCUGUUUCAACUAAUAGAAAGAGCCGCAUCAGGAGGUUCUUUACGCAAGUAUGCAACAGGAAAUGUUGACGAUUCGAAUUUCCAACCAAUAUAUGCACUUGUGCAGUGCACUCCUGAUUUGUCCCUGCAAGAUUGUACCACUUGCUUGGAGAGAUCUUUUCAACAGAUUCCACGAUGUUGUGGUGGAAGACGAGGAGGCAGGGUAAUUACGACUAGCUGUAGUUUACAGUUUGAGAUGGAACGUUUCUACAAUGCUUCACCCGGUACACCACCACCCUCUUCAUCUCCUCCUCCGCCCUCCAAUGAAGCCACAAACUCAACAGGAAAUAAGAACAACACAUCUCGAAUUGUCAUCGCUGUCGUUGUUCCAUCUGCCAGUGUUAUGAUACUUACCCUCUGUGUCUACCUUUUUUUGAGAGCUAGAAAGAGGAAGGAAACUGUUGAAACUACGGAUGAAGAUAUUAUCAGUGCAGAGUCUUUGCAAUUUGAUUUUGGCACCAUUAGAACUGCAACAAAUAACUUUUCUGAUGAAUAUAAGCUUGGGCAAGGUGGCUUUGGUGCUGUUUACAAGGGUAGGCUUUCCUCUGGAGAAGAUAUUGCUGUAAAAAGGUUAUCCAGGGAAUCAGGACAAGGAGAUUUAGAAUUCAAGAAUGAAGUCCUCUUGGUGGCCAAACUUCAACACCGAAAUUUAGUCAGACUUCUUGGUUUCAGCCUGGAAAGAACUGAAAGACUUCUUGUCUAUGAGUUUGUACCUAAUGCAAGCCUCGACCGUUUCAUAUUUGAUCCAAGAAAGAGGGAACAACUGGACUGGGAACAACGCUACAAAAUCAUAGGAGGAAUUGCUCGGGGACUCCUUUAUCUUCAUGAAGAUUCUCGACUUCGAAUAAUUCACCGUGACCUCAAAGCGAGUAAUGUUUUGCUCGACGCAGAUAUGAAUCCAAAAAUUGCAGACUUCGGCAUGGCAAGAUUGUUUUCAAUGGAUGAAACACAGGGCAAUACAAGUAGAAUUGUGGGAACCUAUGGUUACAUGGCUCCAGAAUAUGCAAUGCAUGGACAAUUUUCCGUGAAAUCUGAUGUCUUUAGCUUUGGAGUAUUGGUUUUGGAAAUAGUCACCGGUCGAAGAAAUAAUUGUUUCCGCGAUGCAGAGAAUGUAGAAGAUCUUUUAAGCUAUGCGUGGAAAAAUUGGAGGGAAGGAUCAACGGUGAAUCUUAUAGAUCCAACUCUGAUGGUUUCUUCAAAAGCUGAAAUGACAAGAUGCAUCCACAUUGCUUUACUCUGUGUUCAAGAAAAUGUGGUGGACAGACCAACCAUGGCUUCGGUUGGCGUCAUGCUUAAUAGUAACUCACUUACACUUCCGUUGCCUUCACAGCCAGCAUUUUUCAUGCACAGCACCAUUCAAUCGGACCUCUCAAGUGUUACGGAUCAUUCCAAUGACGAAACCUUGCCCUUAUCAAAAAAUGAGGUAUCAAUUACAGAGUUAUCUUGUCGUUAGGUGCUUAACCACAAUUAUAAUGGAUGUUAGUUUCAAUUAUAACCAUUUGUUCUGUAUUUUACUAUGUUUUUUGUUCUGUAUUUUAAUAUGUUGCAGUUAGUUAUUAAACAUAAACAAUUUUUUCAUGUAAUGAAAUUAUAUACUUGCGAUUCUUGAAAGUUGAUGCACUGAGAUGCUGCAUGUUGUACUAAUUAAUUCUUUGUACCAUUUUAUUUUUUUGACAAAUGAUAUUUCAUUAAUCGAAGGAAACAUGGAGAACCUGUAAACCGUCAACAAUUCAAAAAAU